UAGGAGGUGAUCAGUACCCGGGACAGCGAUUUACGUGGGCUAAGUUUGUGUGUGUGUUGGCGUUACACGUGAAAUGUCUUGAUUUCUACAGUGCCGCUGGGUUAAUAUGCAACUCGCACAGGCAUCUAGCUGGACUGGUUGGUUAUAAUCGAGCAGAUUACGUUUGCAAGUCUCAGAGGUAGAGCGACUGAGAGAGGGAGGGCGAGAGAAUGCGUUUUGGACAGAUGAUCUGCGCAGAUUCUGCAAGCGAACCCGACAUUGCAUCGAGCUCUGCGCUCCUAACUUAAUUUUGAAGGCAAGCUUCCUAAACAUUAAUGUAUCUGUUGGAUAAUGUAAUACGGAUGCUAUGGUUACCUUUAUUACGAUCUUGCAGGUGAAUCUAGUGAUGUCCAUCCUGCUGUAUGUGAUGUUUCUUGCUUACCUCUGUGGCCUCCACGCUACAUCAAUGGAUAAAAGGAAACUGCAGAAAGACCCGGUGAAUUCCCUGAUCAUCAAACUCCUCCAAGCGGACAUAAUGAAAAACAAACAGCAGCAGCCAGAGGACGUUUUUGACAAAUACCAAGACACGCAGCAAGAGGGCGACAUUCCGGAGGACGCAGGUUUUUUCGAAAGGAAAACGUCAGCCUACCAGCCGGUCUAUAGCAUUGACGCAGAUUUAUUGAGACAGCAGAAGCGGUAUAAUUCACCACGGGUGCUUCUGAGCGACCGGCCGCCGCUACAGCCGCCGCCGCUGUAUUUAAUCGACGAUUACGUGGGGAAUUCUGAAAUGAGGAAUAAAACGAGGAAAAAGCGCUACGUGGAGCAGAAGAGCUACCGAGGGGAGUAUUCUGUGUGCGACAGCGAAAGUGUGUGGGUCACAGACAAAUCCACGGCGGUAGAUAUCAGGGGACAUCAAGUGACCGUUCUAGGAGUUAUCAAAACUGGCGGCUCGGACGUCAAGCAAUACUUUUAUGAAACCAAAUGCAGGGCAGCCAAGCCGUUCAGAAGCGGGUGCCGAGGAAUCGACGACAAACACUGGAAUUCACAAUGCAAAACCUCACAGACCUUCGUCAGAGCGCUGACCACGGAGAAAAGCACUAUGGGGUGGAGGUGGAUACGAAUCAACACGUCGUGCGGGUGCGCACUUUCCAGGAAAAUCAGGAGAACAUAAUUACACGCAUAACGUUAAAUAACGUUAAAUAUAAAUUAUUCUGUUUUAAGUUAUAUGAAAUGCAUGUAGUGUAUUAUUUUUAUUUUUGUUGUUGUUAUUAUUAUUAUUAUUAUUAUUAUUAUUAUUAUUAUUAUUAUUAUUUUUUAAUGUGGAUAUAUUUGUAUUAUUUAUUAAACAAACUUUGGUCAAGCUUCAGAGAGUAAGGGAUAUCCCAACCCACCCAAAUAACAUCUUAAGGAGAGUUGACGUGCCUUCAAACUCAGUGGUCAGUUUUGGUUCCUUUUUUUUUACUGUGCAGAAUGUGUCUUCUCAGUCAUGUAAAUCAGUAUUUUUCUUCAGUAUUGUGAAUCAUGUUCUGUCUUUUUAGUAAUAUAGUUCACAUCUCAAUCUCCAGCCCUGUUUGCUACAUACAACACAUAUUACGUACAGCUAUUUUCCAAAAUCUUUAUCUCCAAGGCCAAACUAUACAGCAUCAAUCUAGAUUAUUUUUUUUAUAAACACAUUUCAAAAUGUGGGUUUGGAUUUAAUACAUAGACUUGUGUCUUAAAGAUAAGGAAUACAUAACCCACAAAUGUAUUAAUGUUAGUUGUUCUUAUUUUAUUAGUAGCGAAGUGCAAGCGUUAUUGUGAGGGUUAUUGCAAUAUAUGUCCAUUAUUUGUCUCUUUUAACAAAACUUUCAUUUAAAACAUGAUUUGAUGAAUAAAGUAAGGUUAGAAAUCCAUUAACCCUUUCAACAGUUUUGAAAGAUGGCCAAAUCUAGUGCUCAGUGAAAAUAAAACCAAAUAAAAAUAAAAACAUGGUAUAAAGGCAGCAAUAAAGAUUAUACAGGGAGCAUCACAUUGUCUAGUGAUUGAUUCACCUCACUGCGCUACAGCGCCACCCUCUGACCAGGCAUCCAGUGAACUUAAAAACACCUACAUGGCUACAAUAAUCAGGUACUCUAAAUUGAAAAAAAUAUUAAGCCCAGCAUAAAAGUACAAUUUCCUGCUACUUCCUGAAGUAGUUUUUUUGUUAUGCUGUUACAAAGACUUAUUAAACUCAAAAUAAUUUGCCUGUGCUUCAAAAUAAGGCCUACAGAGUUAAAAAAAAAAAAAAAAAGUAAUUGAGAGCUCAGUUACUUAACCAUCAGACACAGUGGGUCCACAGGACCGGAGUUGAAAACCACUGCUCUAACACACCAUGAAGUCACACAUUGUCUACAGCAAUAUCAUAUGCAAUGUGCACGAACCCGAACCCUGACUGCUAAAUCCUUUCAAAAUGAUUCAGAUCCCAGAUCUUAGAAUACAUUUGAGAACUUGCAUUUUAGUAACUUAUGAACUGUAAGCACCCCGUCAUGCUUGUAUUGGAGUUAUUUAAAUCUGCUUAAAAGAAUGAAGAGAAUAACUUACCAAUAGUCAAUUAAUCUGCCCACUAUAACCAUUUCUUAGUAGUUGAAAGUAAUUAAUAGCAAUUAUAAAUGUACUACUAUUAAUAAAAGGGGUUGUACUAGGACUGUUUAUAAGUGGUGAAUAUACAGUACUGUGAAUGGAUGGUUAUGGCAUUAGUAAUUCAAUAAUAAGUAAUACAUUAGCUCAUGCAUUAUAACAUUAAAACAUUAUUAGGGUUCCUUUCCAGUUUGGUGGAUCUAGUUAUUGCUGCCAUUUAAAUUAUUAAAAGAAGGGGGCUUUAUGAAAAGCAACAUCUAACAGGGUAUGUGAGUCUCUUGCUUGCAUUUGUAUCUUUAAAAGUAAUUACAGUGACAGGUUUGGAUCUAGUUUAGUAUUUUUACCAUGGUGGUUUUUAGGUCUGCUACAGCUUAGAUCAAUUGAACAGACAAUGAACUAUAUAGUAAUUGAUAGCCAGCCGUAUUUCACAAAUCUUUACUUCAGGAGUUAUUUAAAGAUUGAUUGGGAAUGUUUUUUAAAUGGAUUCAAAUACAUUUCCACAUGCAUUCACGCUUUCUAGACGGCAGUGGUUUAAAACACGUUCAAGUAUAUCUAAUCUUUUUAUUCUAUCUUUACAUUUUUUUUAAAUAACUUGUGAGUUUUUGCCAAUCUGGGCCCAUGGGAUGUGUCCAUCCAAACAUCAGAAAACAUCCCGGAGAUGGAAAGCUCCCAUUGCAUAACAAUGAGAUCCAUUCCAGGUUUUACUGCAAGCUUAAUAGUGAGAAAUCAGCCUAUUAAGAUCCGAUAAUUGCGGAACAGAACCCAUGUUUAGAUGUCAUUCCAUGCACAGAACGUACUGUACAGCAUAGUUAAAAACAGAUAACCCAUUUUCUGUUUAACAGCAGUUCCUGAGUGCAAUUUUCGUGUAUGUGAUUUCUAAUGAACGAAUGCAUCGCAUAAUAGAAAUCAUUUAGCACAGUUUGAGCAAACUCUUGGCCAAACUGAGAAGACUGUUAUAAUGGUACCACUUUAAAAUAACCACCACAAAUUCCUGAUGAAUUCCGGCUGUACCCCACAGGAUCAACACAUGGAUAUCUUCUGCACUUCCUAUGAGUUCUGAAGUCAUUCAUUUUGAAUUCAGCCCUGUUGAUUCAUGUGGAUUGAAUUGCCCAUAUUCAUUCCAUGUUCCUUUGUAACAAACACUGUUGCUCACAUAUACAAGGCCUGCAUUAAUGCAUGAAUGAAUACUUCUCACAGUCCCCUGGUGGGUGAGUAAGAGGGCAUGAAUUAGUGAAGAAUAAACAUUCAUUAGGAAUGGAUGGAGGGGAAAAUGGAACCUUUUUAAAUCAUGAUGAAUUAACAGGGCUGAAUUCAAAAUGAAUGAUAUCAGAUCUCACAGGAAGUGCAGAAGAUACCCAGGUGUUGAUCCUGUGGGAUUCAGCCGGAAUUCAUCAGGAAUUUGCGGUGGUUAUUUUAAAGUGGUACCAUUAUAACAAUAAGAGACACCCUUUACACAACGUAUUAACUAAGCUACCAAGCAUACCAAGCAUAGGCAACAAGCCCAGCUGUGGCUAAAUCAGCUCGCAGUAAAACCACUCCUCAUCACUACAACCAAAUAUAAGCCUUUCCCAUACAUUCCAAAGAAUGUUUUAAAGGGUGUUCUCUUAUAAACCCAUACUGUAUCAUUUCCUUAAAUACAGCACAGCUUCAAAUGUCAAUUAUAUAUUUUUAUAUCUUGCAAGCAGUGAUGUACAGUAGCAGGAACCGUUCUAUUUGGCUAUUACUUAACAAUAUAGUUUGUGGGUAGGCAACUCCGCUCCUGGAGGGCCAUUCCAUUACAGUUUUAACAGAUUUAAUCAAGUGAUUAAUUACUUAAGGAACUGACCAGGGGUUUCAUUGGUGCAAUUUUAAAGGCCAAAGCUCCCUUCCUCCAGCUAAAUCUACCUUGCAGGAUGUAAACAAACUUAAGGCCUGCUUACACAGGAAGUAUGGAAAAAUGGAUAACACUGUGUUAGCCAGGCUAGCAAUUAUUACUAGAGAUUAUACUUGUAAGAGAUUACAAAAUACAUAUUACUCAAGACUCAAGCCUCAGCUUUCACAUUUUCAGCAUUAACAAGGGAUUUCUGGACAACUGAGAAAAUGGCAUAUUAUUAUCUGCUAACUUCUGUUGAUUAUUGCCCGCAGAAUAUGUAGUAAGCAAAUUGUUUUGUAAACAGAGACCAGGGAACUAUAUAUUAUGGGUAUAAUUCAUUAUCUUUCUAUGCAUAACGUUACAUUUGUGUCUGCCCCAUGAAACAUGUACAGUAGCACUCAAUCUCAGCUUGUUCCAGUAUCCGCCUGCUUACUGCUGGUUUCAUUUGCUGUCUACAAUCCGCAACCAAGCGUUACACAACAGCCAAAGCUGGCCUGUAUCUGUCACAUAUUUGUAUCAUUCCCAUUGAUACAUUUGUGCACCCAGCUCUAAUAUUCCGCUGAUGAUAAUUUGACAGCCCUUUUAUUAUACCAUGGCGCCGCAAUCUCUCCUUCGUACUGGGCGCUCAUUGGGUCACUUCAUUCAUCAGUGAGUUGGAGAGACCGAGUUCUGCAAGCGAGCCAGAUUCCUAACUGAUUGGCUGACAGUCCUAAUUCAGACCUGUUUGAUCUUGGUCUGCUGCCAAUUGAAACAAGCUGGAAUGAGUGUGAAAAUGGAAAUGUGACAUAAAGGUCAUAUGCUUCGAUAUGUUGUUUCAGUUAUUAAACUACCUUGAUUUCAGUGAUAAAGCAAAAUGGGUGUAAAUAGCAUUACAGUAAAACAUACAUUUUUCUAUUCCCAGUGCAUUUAAAAUCAGAUGUACAGGGCUUGGACACAACAUUUUAAAAAAAAAACACCUGCAGUAUUUAACACACACUUUUGUGCAGAUUGACUGCAAGUUACCUGUGUGGCAUUCUGUGUUACAUAAAAGCUGCAUCUCCCUGUUUCAAUUGGACAGCAAAUCAGUAGAGGGGUGAGAGGGGGUCUCAAGAACAGUGACCCUACGGGUCAACAGACGUUACGCCCUUAAGCAGCUCUCCACCCUAAUACAACUACCCUGAAGGAAUUAGAGGCUGAUACUAUGUGAGGUAUGGUCCAAAACAGCUUGCAGACUCGUCACGUCAAAUCAAUGCUGCUCAGUCUGCCCAGGUUAACCCCGCACCCCACUGACACUGUUAAAGAGGGUGUUUCUAAUGUAACAUCCAAUUAAAUUGUACAGAAAUCCAGAUAUGUGUUACUGUUGUGCUUUAAUGAUAAGUCUGUGUGAAGAGGAGUGGGUAGACAAGCUUGAAUAUUUUUUAACUACCAUUUAAAUACAGGAUCAGGGUUACUUGUCAAACAUGUCAAGAAAUUGAAAGUGGUCAAACAGGCUUUCAACAGAUGGUGUCCCAGCUACCGAUUAGUACUGCAUUUCAGAUCCACAAUGUUAGAUCCUGAAGUUGCUUUGUUUAUUGUACACUCUGCAAUAUAAUAUGUCCAUCACCAAAAGACUAUCGUGAUACUUGCUGUAAGUUGGCUAGGUGGAGUAGGCGGUCUCAACCUCACUCCCAGACAGUGGGCAUUAGUUUAAUCCAAAUCACAACAAAAAAAACAGUUUGAGAGAUGCCCAGUCAUGGAUUAAUUUAUAAUUAUAGCCGUGCCAUAACAAUUAUAAAAUACUACUAUGGCACUGCCAUAAACUUUGAUUUAUUUUACGCCGAAGGACCAAAUAGCAAGCAUUAUCAUUAUUUUCUAUUGCAAAUACAUCCGGAUAGAUAAGGGACCUCUGUGUGCCACAUCACCAACAAUUACAGCAAGUAUUGACGGUUACCACCACACGUGUAACCCUUGACUAACUGGGUGAAAUGAUGUCAAUUUUACUGAUUGUAAAUUCGCACAGUAGUUUUGCAGUGUUUUAUGAAAACUAAAACAUUGCAUUGACUUACCAUGGUUACCCAUGUCCUUUAUCAUACUGAGCUGUGAUCUGGCUUUUUUUUUGUUUGUUUGUUUUUUUUACCAGCGCGUCACCAUGCUUUAUUAUACUUGGCUAUGCUUUUACUGUGACGCACUGCAGUAAACUUUUAUGAGGGUCAUGCCAUGACAUCAAAUGCAAUCUGCCUCAGUACUAACGAAUGGGGUUAUACGCUUAUUAUGUUAACAGCUGUGAUCAGAAAACAUUAUUUCAGUUGGUUUUAUAAUAAAAAAAAAACUAUUUCAGGUAAAAAUUACGUAUACCAUCUAAAUUGUUUUGUUCAAUGGCUUCAAAAUACUGGUUUCCUCAAUAUUACAAAACAAAAUUGUCAAAAACAGCAAUAUUAAGGUUUGUUUUUUGAUAUGCUUCAAGGCCAACAUUUAUUAGAAAAUAUUAUACAUUGUCUGAAACUAAUUAGCAGUGUUUUUUUUUUUUUUUUUUAGAUAAUUGCACUGUUAAAAAUGGUUGUUGUUGUUGUUGCUGUGUUUUUAAAAGGCACAACUCCAAAUGUUAAAAUUAUAUAACUUUUUGACACAUUAGGGGAUAGGGCUGCAUGAACCGAUUAUUAUAAUUAUUAUUAUUAUUAUUAUUAUUAUUAUUAUUAAUAAUUAGUCAUUUAGCAGAGGCUUUUCUCCAAAGCGACUUACUGAUUUUUUGAUUAUUCAGAUAAAGCUCUCCACAGGUGAGGGUCUAUGUCGUUGAUCGAGCUACUGUAACAUUCAGAGUGAAACAAGUGAAGAAACAGCUGCUUGGGUUUGUGUGGAUCGCUGUUCUCCACAGAGUCUAAGAAAAGCAGCAAUCAUCACAAAUCCAAGCAGCUGUUUCUUCACUCGUUUCACUCUGAAUAGUGAAUCAGCCCAAUCAACACCAAUGACCCUCACCCGAUUGUCAGCACCUGAAUUCUGUAGAGAUGUUGAUUCCAAAACCAGAUAAUCGAUUUGUGCAGCACUUUUAGGGGAAGUUUCUCAUGGUUAAUAUGCCCCUUUAAAAUGUUGAUGUGCCAAAAAAUAAUAAUAAUUAAAACAAAAUGUGUAUGUUCUUUGCGUACAGUAAAUGACUGUUAUUAAAAUAUAAAAUACUUAUACUAUAUAAUAUUUAAAGCUCUACGUGUCUUAGAAAUGUACAGAAAAGACCUCUAUUUUAGUACAGACAUGUUUUUUUAUGUUUUAUUGUAUAGUAUGUGAUACUGCCUGGUGUGUUUUCCAGUUUGUAGACUGUUGCACAUGUAAUGUUGUCUUAAGAAGUACCUCCUCGAACUCUAAUUGUGGCUGAAGCGCUGCAAACUGGUUUACUGUUUCGAAAAGAAACACGCUUGCUUUCUGAGGCAGGGGCUGCCUGUCGUCUGUGUCUCAAUAUUUCAGAAUAAACGUAUAAUUAUGUUUUGUAUA